CGAGGGGAGCGGCCCGCGGCCUCCCGCUCUGAGGGAGCCACCGCUGCCCUGCGGGCGCGCCCGGGCACGCUGCACCUACUGCGCGUGCGUGGGAGCGGCCGGGCGCGGGAGCCGCGCGCGUGCGCGUUGCCGCCCCUCCGCGUUCUUUUUCGCUCGGCGUGAGGGCGAGCGGUGCGAAUUGGGGCCAUGGUGCAUGCGCAGAGAGCGCGUACGGCGGCCGAGCGGGGCCGUCCCGCCCUCGCCUUUUGUGCGGCGGGGGCGGCCGGCGGGAGCCCAGCAGCAGGACACGGAGGCGGAUCCAGCCCGUGCCGGCACCAUGGGCUCCAAGCAGAUCGCCCAGGAGACGUUCGAUGAGGCGGUGCAGGAGAACAUCACCGAGUUCGAGAUGGAGCCCGAGGAGGCUGUGAGGGAAGCCGUGCUGCAGUUCGAGUCCCAAGGUGUGGACCUGAGCAACAUUGUGAAAGCUGUGAGACCUCCUGCCUCUGAGAACGGGCAGAGGCAAAAACAUCAAAUCCUGCUGACGCUGGAGAGCCUGGCGGGGGCCGUGGCGGAGCGGGACGCGGCGCGGCUGCCGCAGGCGCUGGCGGCGCUGGCGGCGCAGUGCAGGGAGCAGCUGGCCUUGCGCUGCCUGGCCGGCCGCCACGGCGCCUACCCCGCCGUGCUGUCGGCCUGCCGGCUGGCCGCGGGGGACAGGCAGCUGCUGCUGCAGGCCCUGGGCGCGCUGGCCGCCCUGCUGGACGGGCAGCCCGACCUGCUGGACGCCGCGGGGCGGGAGCUGCUGCUGCGCAGCCUGCGGGAGGGCACCCAGGACGCCGAGGUGACGCUGGCCGGGAUCCGCUGCGUGCGCCACGCCUGCCUCAAGCACGAGCACAACCGGCAGGCCUUGGUCAGGGGCGGCGUCCUCGCCGUGCUCACCGGGGCCAUCGCCCGGCACGGCAGCGCCGCGGAGCUGGUCAGGACGGCGGCUUCGGCCCUCAGGGUCAUGACCUUCGAUGAUGACAUCCGGGUGCCCUUUGGGCACGCCCACGACCACGCCAAGAUGAUCGUGCUGGAGAACGAUGGCUUGAGAGUCCUCAUCGAGGCUGCUAAAGCCUUCACGGAUAACUCCGCGGUUCUCAGCGAGCUCUGUGCCACCCUCGCUCGCCUCUCCGUCAGGAAUGAGUUCUGCCAGGAGAUCGUGGACCUGGGGGGCUUGAAUUUCAUGGUGACUCUGCUGGCCGACUGCAUGGAGCACCCUGACGUGGUGAGGCAGGUGCUCGGCGCCAUCCGCGCCGUGGCCGGCAACGACGACGUCAAGGACGCCAUCGUGGAGGCCGGGGCCACCGAGCUGAUCGUGCUGGCCAUCAGCCACCACCUGGGCCAGCCUCAGAUCUGCGAGCAGGGCUGUGCAGCCCUGUGCAUGCUGGCCCUGCGCAAGCCCGAGAACUGCAGCGUCAUCAUGGAGGGCGGCGGGGCCCUGGCAGCCCUGCAGGCCAUGAAGGCUCACCCAGGGGAGGUGGCUGUGCAGAAGCAGGCGUGCAUGCUGAUCCGGAACCUGGUGUCGCGCAGCCGGGAGCUGUGCGGGCCCAUCCUGGCGCUGGGUGCCGAGGGCCUGAUCGCCGAGGCGCGCGCCGCCCACCGCGACUGCGACGACGUGGCCAGGGCUGCGCUCAGGGACCUGGGCUGCAAGGUGGAGCUGCGGGAGCUGUGGACGGGCCAGAAGGGCGGCCUGGCGCAGUGAGGCCUCCUGCCAGCCGCCGGGGAAGCUGCGGAGCCUGAGGGAGGCGGCCUCGGGCGGCUCUGCCCCACGGAGCAAACCCCGCCUGGGGAGGCUGCAGGGAACCCGGGGAGCUGCAGCUGAAAUGGCUUCCUGCAUUCACAGCCUGCAAACCAGCUCUGUGUAGUGACCAUCGCCUGGAUCAUCUCAUGGCUGAGGAUGAUCUGCUCCCCCGGGCUGCAGGACGGGGCUGCUGUCGCUGCCCUGGUGACAGCAGGGCUGCCUCUGUCCUGCCCACCUUGGCUGCUGGUUCCCAUCUGUGCCCCUGCUCAGGGGCUGCGUGGGGAGGAAUCCCAGCAUUUGUGAAUGUGCUCUCCCUGCCCCGUUGCCCUGUUCUUUUACUGCUGACCCCACUCUUGUGUCGCUGCUUUGUUUGGGAUUUUCUGCCAGCGUAACGUUUUAAACAAAAACAAAAAACCACAAAAAAAUAAGAAAAGAAAAAAAGGCAAAGUAAGGAUUUGGGAUAACAUCCAAAGGAACUGUUGGCAUCCAGGAGGAAAGUUCACGUUCUCCCUCAGCGAGAGAAGCAGGGCAGGGACUGGCAGAGGGGUGGGAAUUCCAAAGUGUGACCAAGCAGGCACUGGUGCCACUGGGAGUCCCAGGCUUUGUCCCCUCCUGGCACUGCCCUGGAUCCAGGAAUGUUUUCAUUGCAGUGAAGGGGCCAAGAACCUCGCGGACUGAGGCAGAACUCUGGGUUUGUGGGCCAGAAAGGCUCUGAAGCCUCAGCUCAAGGCUCUGGUGCUGCGCCUUCCUCCUGUACCGCUGCCAGUUUUGUGAGUGGAUGUUUUUAAUGUGAUAUUCUCUGUAAAAAUGGUGACCUUAUAAAGCACACAAACCUUC